AUGCGAGGCAUUGGGAACAGUGACUUGGUUUCCAACCAAAGCAUUGGACGUCUGCUGGGUGUCUUCAAUAUGAGAUUUACUGCAGCUCUGUGCUACCGUAAACCAUGCAUAUCGACAAGAAUAUCGACACAAAGUCGCACCGCCGAGGUGAAGAGAAUCUCAGGUCUCUCUGAACUAGACUGGAAAAAGUUCUGGAGUACUAUUUGCGGAGAAUGGAAGCCUGUUGAUCGCAAGGAGUAUGCGCUACUUGGUGUUAACGGCAGAGGAGACAUGCUAGACCGUAUAAAUGCAGCGCUGGCCAAGAAACGCGUUCGUAGAGUCGACUAUGAUGUCGGCGAAUGGGCAAUUCACAGGUGCCAGACGGUGUCGAUACAAGUCUUUUCACUAUCCGAAGCAAAGAGAGAGUGGGCAGAGAAGUUCACCGAGGAGCACCCAGUCGAUUUCGAGUCCGGACUGGAAAAGAUUAUGGUGACUAUCACGUCUGUGGACCAAAGCAUCGCAACUGGAGGUCGUUGCCGGGUCCCAGCAAUCCCAGAGCCCGAGCUUCAGACAAUUUGUGAACAAACCAAGAUAUUUUGCAUACGAGAGAAGAUGCCGGCAGCUAACGAGUGGCCCUUACUCUACUGCAUCAAGAGAACACUCUACAAGGCUAGAAGAUUAGCAAAGAAUAAGCCUACGGAUGUGGUAGCGCAGCAGAAGUAG